AUGUCCAUCUACAGAAACAUUUUGAUUAUCACUGUCUGUGUCAACAUUUCUCAGGUUAUUGUAAGUAGCUGAAACUUUUCUGGGUUGGCUGAGAGAUAGUUGUUCUUGUACCAGGAUAGAACUUGGUCACCUUGGGUCUUGAUACUUUGUGCGACUACAUUGUGCUUCUUCCCCAUGACAUACAUCUGAUGGUCUUCGGUGUACAUACUUUGAUUGGCAUAAUUUAUAUGGAAUGACAUGUCAUUUUGGAACAAGUGGACGGAAAGACAAUCCCUGUGGACAGCCAAGUACCAUCCUUUUCCAGUCGCUUGUCACAUCUUUUAUUUUCACUCUAUUAAGCCUAUUAUUGAAGUAAAAAAGUGAAAGUGCAAGUCUUUUCAGUUUUUAAGGAAAAAAGUUGAGUGGCAAUUUUUUAGCAUGAUGUUUAAUACCUUUGAUAAUAAAUUUAUUUUGAUUGUUGAUUAAAAUCAAUCAUUGUCGUUAAAUGUGACUUCCUCCAGGAAAACAUUCACUAACACUAAUGGCUAAUGAAUGGCAUGUUAACCAUCUUUAAAGGGUUUCUAAGGUUUGAUUCAUGUUUUGAAUGGGUUAGUGAAAAUUUGUAACGGCUUUGGAAAGUCCUAGAACAGAUUGCUAUAAUUUUUGGAAUGGUUUACUUAAGAGGUUAACUAAACUACAUUUAAUUUACUGCUUGCGUGAUCAAAGUUUUAAAGAAUUGUUGUUUGCUUUUUUUGCUGCAAUAAAUUUUCCUUAUUUCUUCAUCAGACAUGUGUUAUAUAUUUAUAUAUAUAUUUUUAAUAUAUUUAUUGAUAAUCACGUUAAAUAAUUACAUUAAUUUACAAUACUACAAAAAAACACUUUAACAAUAGACAUUACCAGAGUAAAGGAAAAUUAAUUUGUUAAAUUAUUACAGGGCUAAAAGAAAUUAUUAUAAAAAAGUACAACAGGGCAAUGAAAUAAUACAGAGUUAAUACAGUUAACUCAAAUAAGGCAUCAGUAUCCACUUUCUUUUAAAGAAUUCUUUGUUGCUGAUUUUUUCUUCUGUUUCAUAUUUAGCAAUGAUCUUGGCUCUAAAACCGUGAAUGUUUGGAGGGAUUUGUUUGCUCCUACAGUCCUACGAAUAGAGUUUUCCAAUAAUUAUAAAAUAGUUCAGCAAUUGAAGUAAAGGGCAAUCAUUUUCCAUCAAAAUUCCAAAGAGCACAUUUUCCAAGCAGAGACGAAUUCGUUGAUUCAAAAUAAGGCACCAAUAUAGUUCAAAUUCAAUCCAAAACUGUUUAGAGCGUGAGCAGUGAUAGAACAAAUGGGUUAAUGAUUCGGGUUGAUUGUCACAGAAAGUACAUAAAUCAUUUGUUCUAUAACCUAUUUUGUACAACUUUGUAUUUGUGUAAAGAAUUGAGUUAAUUACUUUGUACUGGAAGGCUUUAACAUAAGAUUCGACAACGAUAGAGUGUGGCAGCUUAAAUAUUUGCUUCAGAUUGUCUCUGUUAAAAUGAAAGUUACUCUGCAAUUUUUGAAUAGUAUUGGGCUGUUUAGCUUUUUCUCUGAAGAGUAGGUUGUAGUAAUCCUACAUGUGUUAUAUUUGAAAUGGUUACAGAAAUUUCCUUUCAAUCUUAAGGUGAUGAACACUACAAACUCCUUGCAGGUGAACACUUCAGAGGUAGGUUGCACCCUCUUGGGGCUUAUGGUAAUUUUUGUAGCUUUUUGGGGAAAGAUUUUUGUCUUCUUUUGUAUUAACCCAUUCGCCCCUGAACCGCCCGUAACCGCCCGUGCGGAUCCAGGUCCUUUCUACCCAUUGUGACGUCAUCAGUUUUAAUGGUCAAGGACAACUUUCUUCGUUAACUUGUGCAGACUGAAGAGAUCUUUCAAACCAUACCAGAAUGAGCACAAUUCAGUCAAGGACACCGGAGAAACAAGCAAAAAACCACGUGACAUUGACCUGAAAAUCUCCAUGAAAAUCGUGUUCCAUUACCCAUCUACCUUUCCUUUCACCUAAUCCUAAGAUCCUAAAAGUUUUCCUAAAAACUCUUCCCACCAAAAUGAAGCCUACUAAAUGCCCAGCAAGAGAAAAAAAAAAAUAAGGCAAGAAAAGCGAAAAAGAAGGGAGGAGAGAAAGCGAAAAGUAAAAGUCAAGACUGCUGUGUCACUUUUAAACCCAAAAACUAUCUCGAAAUUUUGCUUUCUGCGCAUGCCCGAACUUCGCAAGCUGAUAUUUUGCAUCUGGAUCAGACGGCCGCGAAGUGUUCGACCUGUAAACCAGUUUGUGGUAAGUUUUAGCUCUUUAUAGAACGGCAGUGACCAGAAAACCACUCGACUAGCUUCAAAACGCGUUUUUCGGCAAAAUCUCCAGGAGCGAAUGGGUUAAAGUUCUUGAGGGUAAACCACAAAAAUACAACAUUUUUACUUCUUUUUGUGGAUUAGGUGUUUUGUGGCACAGCAACUUCCUGGAUUACUUCUUGCAUGUGCACUAUUUUGGGCUGUACUGUACCAUGGCCGUACUUUGAUGCUUUGAAGACUUUGGAUGCAAAAUUCAAAUGA